AUGCUCCAUUUCCGCACCGAGGGCUACAACGGCUGUGCGGUCAAAUACUCCCCAUUCUUCGAUAACCGGCUGGCCGUCGCUGGGUCGGCGAAUUUUGGACUGGUGGGAAAUGGCCGGCUAUUCAUCUUAGAGCUGACUCCAAAUGGGAUUGUACCAGCAAAAUGGUUCACUACCCAGGAUUCCCUCUAUGACCUCGCCUGGUCCGAAAUCCACGAGAACCAAGUCCUCACAGCCUCCGGCGACGGCAGUAUCAAGCUUUUUGACUGCACUGUGGAUGACUUCCCGAUUCAGAAUUGGAAGGAACACAACCGUGAGGUCUUCAGCGUCCACUGGAACCUUGUAGCCAAGGAUACCUUCUGCUCGAGUAGCUGGGACGGGACUGUCCGGGUGUGGUCGCCACAUCGACCGCAUUCUCUCUACACUCUCCCAACACACAGCUGCACAUACUCCGCCGCGUUCUCCCCCCAUUCCCCCGAGAUUCUCUCCUGCGUGACCUCCGACUCCUACGUCCGCAUCUUCGACCUUCGCACACCAGCCUCCGCGUCCAACCACCUCACCCUCCAGAUCCCCAUCCACGCUGCACCCGUGCCGCCCAUUCCCGCAAAAGCAGGUGUGCCCCCAGCCGCGUGCGCUCCCGCCGAAGCCCUCACCCACGACUGGAACAAAUACCGGCCGUCGAUCCUCGCGACUGCCGGCGUCGACCGCACCAUUCGCACCUUCGACAUCCGGGCCCCGCAGCAGGGACCGCAGGCCGUGAUGGUGGGACAUGAAUAUGCUGUGAAGAAACUGGCCUGGUCGCCGCAUCUCUCAAAUAUUCUGCUCAGCGGGAGCUACGAUAUGACGUGCCGCGCGUGGAGCGAUCAAUCCACGACAGGGCCUAUGGGAGAUGCCGAUCCCAUGCGUGGUGGUCCCGGGGCCCCAGUCAUGGGUAUGGAGCUGGGCCGCAUGAACCGACACACUGAAUUCGUGACGGGUGUUGAUUGGUGUCUCUUUGGUAGCGAAGGGUGGUGUGCGAGUGUCGGAUGGGAUGAGAGCUUGUAUGUCUGGGAUGUGCGAGGAACGAUGGGGUAG